CAGACAGAGAUCCCUCGCCCAUGAUUCAUGCAUACAGCACUACCGGUUUCGGUAGCUAUCUAAAUGACGGCAAUUAGCUGUAACUGUUGCAUUGGCCCUCAAUGGAGCAAACGGCUUCCGCGCUAGAAGACCCAGCCCGAGACGCCCCCGACUUUUCCCCAGAGUCGCUCUCUACGCUAGACGAGUACGCCGCCAACCCACGCUUCAUCGAACUGCAAGAAGAGUUGCGCGGGGUGCUCUUCGCAAGCGCUUCUAGCUAUGAUAUCGGCAGGCAGACGACGCCCGACCCAAAAGAAGCCCGAGGAGAUGAUGCGGUGCACACAAGCUACAGCGACCAUCUCGCCCGGGUAAAUAUCCCCAAGAGCCGACUUAUUCAAUAUAUGCAGAAUUGGGUGGUGGAGUGCGCGCCGUAUCUCGACAAGUUUGAUCAUGAGAAGCAUUUCGGCAUCAGCGUGCCCAUCGUCUCAGAGACGUCGCCGGCUCUUCUGUAUGCGUUGCUUGCCUUUUCUGCGCGGCAGAUGGAGCGCAAGAACAGCUGGACGAAGAACCACGAUAGCCUGGAGCUUUACCAGGAAUCCAUCCGCUUGCUGGCACCAGGCAUGCAAGCUAGGGAUGCCAAUAUGCUUGUUACAGCGUGUAUACUUGCCGUACUGGAGCUUAUGUCUGGCAGCUCCAAGAACUGGCGGCGGCACAUUGAAGGCUGCGCCACGCUGUUUGAUCUGUUCAGAGUCAAUGGCUUCUCCGGCGGCCUUUUGCAGGGUGUUUUUUGGUGCUAUGCUCGCAUGGAGGUGUGCGGCGUCAUCAUCUCAGCCGGCACGCAGAGCACAGUGCUGCCGCUUGGCAAAUGGAUCCCAGAGAAUGAUUCACAGACUGAUCAGGAUGAGUUCGCUGCUAGUUUAUUCUACCGAAUUGGUCGCCAGAACUCAGACAUGCAUGCCAACUGGGCUGUCUACCUCUGUGCUAAAGCAUGCGACCUUUUGUACAAGCGUACGAGGUUCCUGGAGCUGCAGGAGUACUACCACUUCGAGGCGAGGUCGUUUGUGGUCCAGUGGCGACGACUGUGGCACGAUUUGCAGUGCUGGCGCGAGACGCGGCCAGAGUGUAUGCUGCCGACUAUGGUGUCUAAAGAUUGCAAUGGCAUGUUUCCUUCGAUUCUGUUUGCCCAUUGGCCAGCUAUAUCCUGCCACCAGGUAUACCAUGCAGCGUGCAUUAUUGCGCUUGAAAUGCGGCCGAGAAGCGAGGCUAUUCCGUCGCCGUAUGCAUCUCCUGUUUGGCACGCGCGCAGAGUCUGCGGCAUAUCGUUGACCAACCCGCACAAGGCCAGCCUGAUCAACGCCAUCCAACCGCUGUAUUUGGCAGGUAAACUUCUCACCCACAGAAGCGAGCAUUUGCAGAUGGCGAGGCUGCUUAAAAUCAUCGAGCAAACAACCGGAUGGGGCGCUCUGUGGAGGCUGCGAGAUUUGGAGGCAAUCUGGGGCUACCAAACAGGAGAAAUUGCAUCUAUUAUUGUUUAAGGAAUAUAGAUCAAUAUGCUUCAACAUCCUAGCGUACGAUCCGAAUCCCGUCCAGAAGCUCAUGCAUGUAAACGUAGAGUACAGCGCGCUUAGCGCUCAUAUUCCGCGCAAAUCCACAUUCAAGUUCGUAUAGCUAAAGCGCCGGUACAUCGUUUGCUGUUCAUAAGAGCACGCUGUAUGUGAGCUACUAAAGCCCGGCUCCAGUACCAUUAUCGGAGGGCAGAUUCGUAUUGAACAAAUUGCUUAUUCGUUCAACAAGCCCAACUUUUAUAGAGCGAUUGGGACCAUCAGACCCAAAUCUUUCACAACAAGAGACUUUAAUCGAGAGUAACACAAGACUACCGCAAACCUAGCCUGCUA